AUGUCGGCGGCGCAAACCGCACCUCCCUACCUUCAGCCUGACGGUGAACAUCAUCUAGUUCUCAACAAGUUCAUUCUGUACGAAACCCGUACGCGGUUCUUCAUAGUCGGUUCAAAUCAGAGUGAUGAGCGUUUCCGUGUGCUCAAAAUUGACCGAACGGAUGGGAAUGAACUGAACAUCAUCGACGAUGAAGUUGUUUACACAAAGGUUGAAAUCCAGGAGCUCUUGACCAUGAUCGAAACCGGAAAUAAGAGUUCUGGCGGUCUGCAUAAAGUUGCCUCUUUUUUUGGCAUUGUCGGUUUCAUCCGUUUUUUGGAGGGAUAUUAUAUCAUUCUCAUCGUGAAGCGAAGUCCAGUGGCGCUUAUUGGCGGACAUUACAUCUACCAUAUUGAUGAUACCAUGGCGGUCAGCGUGCCUGGUCCUGGAGCCAAGUUGGACAAGAAGGCAGAUGAAGCAAGAUAUGUUCAAGUCUUCGGCCAUGUCGACCUCAGCAAGAACUUCUACUUCAGCUACACAUACGACAUUACGCGGACCUUGCAAUGGAAUUUGAGCUCCGCCGAUGGAAAGGAAAAUUUUGAAUAUAACGAUAUGUUCGUGUGGAACAGCUACCUACUCCGACAGGGCAUGGAUUCCAUGAAAUCGGAUUGGGUGUUACCUAUAAUCCACGGAUUCGUGGAUCAAUCAAAGAUCUCUGUGUACGGGCGUAGCAUAUAUGUAGCCCUCAUUGCACGUCGGUCGCGCUACUUUGCCGGGGCGCGCUUUCUCAAACGGGGUGUCAACGAUCAAGGAUAUGUUGCGAAUGAUGUUGAAACGGAGCAAAUUGUUUCUGACGCUACGACCACUUCCUUUUACCAUCCUCCUGGUCGCUACGGAACAAAACCCGGCUAUACAUCAUUUGUGCAGCAUCGUGGAUCUAUUCCACUUUUUUGGAGCCAGGAGACCGCAGGCAUGGUGGCGAAGCCACCCAUCGAACUCAAUGUGAUCGAUCCGUACUUCUCGGCAGCGGCUCUUCACUUCGACAAUAUGUUCCUCCGGUACGGGGGACCAAUUAUCGUACUGAACCUCGUGAAAAGCAAAGAGAAGAACCGCAGAGAGUCGAUUCUUCUGGACGAGUUUACUGAAGCGGUCUCGUAUCUGAAUCAGUUUUUGCCACCUGACAAGAAGAUCAAGUACAUUGCGUGGGAUAUGGCCCGUGCAUCCAAAAGCCAUGACCAGGAUGUGAUAGGCGUGCUGGAGAAUCUGGGAGAGGAAGUCCUGGAGACGACGGGGUUCUUCCACAGCGGACCCGAACCGUACCAGAACGCGCUACAUCGUGCUUUGCUCGAAGACCAUCCGGACGACGUGGUCCGCAUCAUGGGCCGGAGACAGCACGGAGUCGUUCGGACGAAUUGCAUCGAUUGCUUGGACCGUACGAAUGCUGCUCAGUUCGUCAUCGGCAAAUGUGCGUUGGGCUAUCAGCUCUACGCGUUAGGGGUGCUGGAACACCCGUCUGUACCCUUCGAUACCGACGCUAUCAACCUACUAAAUGCCAUGUAUCAUGACCAUGGAGACACGAUUGCGCUGCAAUACGGAGGAUCGCACCUGGUCAACACGAUGGAGACGUACCGGAAGAUCAGUCCUUGGACGAGCCACUCUCGAGACAUGAUUGAGAGUAUCCGUCGAUACUACAGCAAUUCAUUCACAGAUGCUGAGAAACAAGAGGCGAUCAACUUGUUCUUGGGCCAUUUUGUACCGCAUAUGAAUGUUGCAGCUGCGCUCUGGGACUUGAGCUCGGAUUACUACCUGCACCACGAAGAACCAAGGAAACGACGGGUCAAGCGAAGUUACACUCAUUGGUAUACCGACGACGCUAUGAAGCUGCAGCAAGAGCACUCCGCCGCUAUGACCAUUGCCCCUGUCCGCGGAAAUGCGUUCUAUGUGGACUACUACCGAAUCAAACUGUAUACAUCCUUCAGCAAGCUUUUUGCGUUCAACAUGAUCAGUACGAGUACGAGGCUGCCUACAAGGGAUGAUGUGCUGGAUCAUAGCCCAUUCACAGUGCGCGUCAAUCCGGCGCAAUCGAAUAGGUAUCUCAUGAUAUACAGCUUGAAUAUCGGCGGCGUUCGGCGCUGGCUCAAACUGACAAACAACCAUAGUCACACAACGCGGCAGGAUGCUGCAUCCGAAAAAGCCCGUAACAAAGAAAACAUUGGGAAUGCAGAAGGUGGGAAGUCAAGCAAAACCGGUGUCAUCAAAGAGUCUUCGGCGCCCUGGUGGACCACGAGUGCGCUGGCUACGCGGCUUGUGGAUCCUCAAGUUCCGACUUCUGAGUUGAAGGAGUAUAAACGGUAUGUUCACCAGUUCAAGGCCGCGUCGGCACUGCUCACCCCUACAGUGGACCUUGCCCCGCACACACAAGCCUCGCACGCCGACUACCCCAUAUUUGAGGAAUACGUCAGUCGCACAACCCCACGAGGAGGCACAUCGAAAUCGCGGAGUCAUUUUGCAGGAUCGAGCGGGCCGCUAUCGCUGAAUGUGGACUCCAGGGAUGAGGCUCUGUAUGUGCAUUAUGUGGACAACUCGUCACGGACGGCGAAUUAUGUAGGGCCAGGGGUUGCGAGGAGCGACGUGCCCAAGCAGACGGUGCGCAUAUGCAAAGUGGUUGUCUACUGGCAAAUUCGUCUCAUCGCGGCCUAA